AGGUGCUGUGCUGGUGCUUUUGGGCUCAAGGCCACUUUUGAACACAACGCCCCAGACGAGGGCCAAAAUGGACACGAGAGGUGUGGCCGUGUCGCUUCUGCUGGGCCUGGCGGCCAGCGAGCCCACCGGGGUGGCACCGGCACAAUGGCCACUGGGGACCGCCACCGCAGCGGAGAGCAACACGUCCUGGCCCCAGGGCUUCCAGCCCCCACGCUUGGGCGAUUGGCCCAUGGAUCCUGACGGCAGGCCCAUCUCUUGCUGGGAUGUGACGACGCUGCACGAUCAUGCGAAGGGUUGGCCUGGGCUGUGUCUGGGUCUCUUCAACACGGGCUUAGAGAAGGUCACUGACAUGCAGACCUGCAAGAAUGCCUGCGUGGGGGACCCUCGCUGCAGCGUGUGGCAGUUCAACAUCAAUGACAACCAGCCCUCGUGUUGGAUAGGCGUGGGUGGCUUUGACUGCGACUUCCGAAGCGGACAAGCUGACGCUAUCCACGUGGAGGGCGCGGAGCGUGUGCAGCAUGGCAAGGUCCAUGUGUACAAGACCUUGGCUGGCAUGAAGAUCAACAGGCUUUACAAUUUUGGCUUGUAUGCAGAGGGCUCCCAGGACUUGAGCAUCACGCGCUGCCGGGACUGGUGCUACUCCUCGCUGAGCUGCCAGUACUGGCAGUAUUCAAAGAAUGAUGGCUGCUGGGUUGACGCCCCGUCCAUGAGCACAAAGCAGGGCAAGGAUCCUAGCAACCAGGUGGACUACCCACUGACGGCCAAUAGUGUCACCACGGGGACCCCAGAGGCGCAGAGUAUCAUCGCUGGGGAGUUUAUCCAUCACUACUGUCCCAAGCAGGUGAUGACACCGGUGAACCCUGCGCAUGUGGGCGGCGGCGACUUCUAUGCGAGCCAGCAGUCCUCCGGCCCUUCGCCCGUGGUGAUAGCCUUUGCAGUGAUCUUGGUCCUAGCAGUCUUAGGUAUGGUCGCCUACUAUUUCAUGGGCCAAAGAAACAAGCGCACCGUCUCGCACCGAAGCCUCAGUGACGAUUACGAGGAGGAGGAUGGUGGCAUGAAGAUGGCCUCUUAUGAGCAGAGCUAUCCGCCGCAAGGGCAAGCCCAGCCACCUUCGCCGCCGAGGCCGCCUCAGGGCUCUUACGGACACUAUGGGCACGGGGCACAAGCGCCCACCAUGAACUUCCAGCAGGAGAGAAUGUGCCAACACGACGAAGAAUCGGCACCGCCAGUCGCCAGUGCCGCUUCUGAACCAGGGGGUGCCAUACAGCUCGGGGCAUCGGCCAUAUCAACAGCCCUAUCCAGGCCACAACCAGCGGCUGAUGUGAGUCUGGGCAGUUGGGACCGUACGCAUUCCGUGAAACACCCAGGUUUGGAGCGGAUGGAAGUCAUUUCACUGGUACUCUUGAGUACUCUUGAUUCUCAAUGACUGCACGGUGCAGUGGAAGUACUAGGAGCAGUGACCAAUGCCGCAGACGCGCAAGCGUCCGGUCUCGUGGGCCUAAUUCGCGUGCGUACCAUAUUGGCAGAUCUGACGGUAGGUCACGUCUGACCACCAAUGCGUGUGUGGGGAACGCGGGUCGCUGCACGACCGGCUGCGCUCUUGAAGCUGCUCAAGGGUGGUAUCUGAGG